AUGGCAUCAUCUUCUACAGCUAUGCGUGUGACAUGUGGACCCAUUGAAGAUGAUUUAUUGACAUUGCAAAAUAUACAUGUUUCACAACAUGUUUGGAAUAGAGAAGAUGAUAGGAGAUUAAUGGCACGACGUGCUGCUCCAACGCGCAAUGGAAUUGAGGGAGUUCCACAUCAAAUAGUUCCGUUAUUAGAACAAGCAGGAUUUGGAUGGAUUGCUCGUUUAAGUUAUAUCAAAGUUAGUCCUGGUUUGUUAACGGCUUUGGUAGAACGAUGGAGACCAGAAACACACACAUUUCACAUGCCAUUCGGAGAAUGCACAAUUACUCUUCAAGAUGUUGGUAUGCUUGUUGGUCUUCCAGUUGACGGUGAACCAGUUUUAACUCGAAACAGUGCUAAUAUAUUGGGAUUAGCUCUCGAUUUUUUAGGGGUUGUUCCACCUCAGUCAGAAAUGAAAGGACAUCGCGUGAAGUUAUCUUGGUUGACAACAAACUUUAAUGACAUUGCAGAUGACAUAAAUGAGCUACAUCAGUUGCUUCCUUAUGCUAGAGCUUGGAUACUACGUUUUCUAGGAGGACUUCUUGUUCCUGAUAGAUCUUCAAGCUAUGUGUCAUUAAGUUAUGGGCAUGGGAACGAUUCCCAACCAUUCUCUGUUCACCAUUCCCACCUAUUCCUCCAGGCAGUCCUAUUGGUUUAA